CAGUAAUAUAUCUUGUUUGUUUUUUUCAUAGAUAUAAAAAUGAGUUUUAGAAAAAAAAAAGUUCAACCAAAUAUACAAAAUUCAAAAAGAAUAAAUAGUGAAACUGUUGAGUUAUUAGAGAGGUCAGCAUCUGAUGGAUACAAUUCAUUUAAUGAAGAAGGAAAACUGCAAACUACAAUAAAUUUAUCUACAAGUUAUAAUAUUAUAGCGUCAGAACAGGCAGAACAAAUUUGCAAUACAACGUAUCCCAAAAAUAUUACUGGCAUGGCUCAGGAAACUCCAAUAAAGUUAUCAAAUGAAGAUACUUUUCUUUCAUCUGAUAUUUUCAUUAAGGAUUUUAAACCUGUUAAAGUUGAACAAACAACUUUUUUAAAUGAUGCUGAAAAAACUGAAAAAAAUACAAAUGAAAAAGUUGAAAAGUUAUUGAAGAAAAGGGUAAAAAUAAUCCCCAAGGUUUCAUCAAGAAACUUAUCUCGACCUGUUGAUACUUUGAAUUGUGAAAUGGAUCUAGAAAAAACUAUUUUAAAAAGCGAGUUACAAAAAAAUGAUUUAAAAAAAAUAAUUGAACAACCUGCAGUUUCUAAUGACAAUAUUUCAACUAAUAAACCUUUAUUUGUUAACAACAAGCCUGAAGAAAUUCGUCCUGAGGGAGAGAAAAAAUUAAAUAAACGAACUAGAAUAGUACCUAAUAUUUCUUUAGCGAAUAAAACUAAAACUUUAGAACUUUCAACUAAACUUGAAACAAACUAUUUUUCUGAGCUUGUUUUGAAAUCAGAAAAAUCUUCAGGAAAUUUGUCUGAUUUCGUUUCAAAGAAUGAAAAUUUAAAUGAAGUUAUUAAUAGUCAAUCAAAGUUUCCUGAUACUCUUGUGGAAAAAAAUGAUCAUUUGAAUAAUAAAGUUGUGAAUGAAUGUGAUGUUACUGUUACAAUAAAAAACAAUAAUUUGAAUAAUAAAGCUGUAAAUGAAUGUGAUAAUGAUACUCUUGAGAUGAAAAGUGAUUAUAUGAGUAAUAAAGUUGAGAAUGAAUUAAAUACUGGUAAGUUAAAAAAUAAAACCAAUAAUGUAGAAAACGUAGAUGAUUCAAAUGAAUUUUCUUCAAUAAAAGUUCAGCUUAUUGAAGCAGAGAUGGUAAUCAAUUUGCCAGAAAAAAUGGAAAUAAAAGACAGUAAAAAGUUACUUACAAAAAGAAUAAAAAGAGCUCCAACAGCUUGUUUAAGAAAUAAAUCUCAAAGCAAAGUUGAUAUUUCAAUUACAAAUGAUGAUGUAACUAAAAAAAUAUUUCUAAAAAGUCCAGAAAAAAGUAUAAUAGCUAUUGAGCCUUUAAAUGAUGUUGCAUCAAAAGAUCUUGCAUCAGAGGAUGUUGCAUCAAAGGAUGUUGCAUCAAAAGAUCUUGCAUCAAAGGAUGUUGCAUCAAAAGAUCUUGCAUCAAAAGAUGUUGCAACAAAAGAUGUUGCAUCAAAAGAUGUUUCAUCAAAGGAUAUUGCAUCCAAGGAUGUUAACUCAAAGGAUGUUGCUAUUGAUGUUGACUUUGAUGUUGAAGGGCUUGUCGAUCUUACUGUUCUUGAAGGACAAGACAAAAAAAAACAUGUAAGAUUUAAUAGCCAUACAAAUUUUGAAGACCAAUCACACAAAGCUAAUAAAGAAGCAGAGAAAGAAAAAAAUCAGAAAGAUAUAAAUAAUGAAACACAUAGUGAUUACAGUUCCCAGUCAGAUGGAGAAGUCAGUUCUAAAUUGUCUAUUUCAGGGAAAAAAGUGUUUAAGCCAAAUUUUGAAGUACAAAGACGAAAAAAGCGAUUAUCUUCAUUUUCUGCAUACUCCUCUUGUGAUGAAGAUGAAGAUUCUUCAAUAAAGAAAAAGAAAAAAAAGGUUUCAAAAAAUAAGCCAAAGAUAAGAUCUAAAAAGACAGUAAAUGGAAUAUCUUCAUCUAACAAAGAACAAAAAGAACAAGAAAAAAAACAAAAAGGAGAGAAUUUUUCUAUUGAAAAAAAUAUGUCUGGUUUAACAAUGCAAGAGUUGAUUUCUUACAGACCAAAGAGUUUUAAAAAAGUUGAGUUAAAAGCAAAAAGUUCUUUUGAAGAAGGUCGUGUAAUAGAAACAGCUAAUACUGUUCCUAUAGCAGAACCAGAUUUAAUGGUUGAAGAUGAAAAUGAUGUAAUGGCUCCCCAAAUUAUGGUUAAUGAGGAGGGUGAAAUAGUGAUCAAUCAGAAUAGCUUAACCAUAAAAAAGAAAGUUGAUAACUCUAUGCUUAAGAAAAAUGGAAUACUGUAUGAAGACUCAUUGAGUUAUCAUUCUGGAAGAAAAAAAAGAAAGAUAAAACAUUGGGGGAUGGACGAAACUUUGCGUUUUUAUAAAGCCCUAAGUGAAAUAGGUACUGAUUUUACAUUGAUGGCAAAAGCAUUUGGACGGUUUACUAGAAAUGAACUCAAGAAAAAGUUUAAGCAGGAAGAGAAAAUUAAUUGUGAUUUAGUUGAUAGAGCAUUAAUGAAUCGUCUUCCGUUAGAUAUGAACACUUUUUUAGCCGGUAGAAAAGAGAGAAAAAUGCUUGAAGAAGCGGAAAACGAUGAAAUGAAAAAUGAAGACUUUAAAAAUGAAGCAAAACACCUAGAUUUUGUUAUUAAUUCGGAUGAACCCUUUUUAACUAGUCGGCUAUCAGAAUUCCAAGCAUCUCAAAGCGUGUAAAGGUUGCAAAGCAUGUCGGAGAGUUAUGUUAUUGACGAAUCAAAUAAUUGGCUGCUGGCGAAAGUUUAACGACUUAAACAAACCUACAAAAAUUCAAAUCAAAAAUGUAUUUCGUACAGCAAAUCUUCAUGUGACAAGAGUUUACCACAAUGAAUCUUACAUAAAUUAUAUUUAUUUAUUGCUAAAAUAAAUGCAUGAAUUUUUAGAA